AUGUACCUGCAUACGUUUGAGGAGCCGCUAUUAGCGCUACCAAUCUUCUAUCUUCAUUGCUUAUUAAAAGCAGAACAAGAACAAACUUAUGCUGAUAGUAAUAGCGUCUCCCCGAACGCACCCAUGCAUUCCAGUGUGCCUCCCACAUCGAAUCAUGGCGGCGAACAAGGAUGUUACCCAAUGCAACAAGUCACACCUGCAGCUUCUCAAUUUGAGAAGCUGCAACAAACAAAUGCACCACCACAUCAGCCAACAUCACCACUACCACCACUGGUGGCAAUCCCACCACCGGCGGCAAUCCCACCACCAGCGGCGAUCCCACCACCGGCGACGAUCCCACUACCGCCGCCACCGCCGCCGACGACGUCGUUCUUCGAUGGCAACGAGCAGGCCGCGGGCGAGGAAGAGGCCGCAGACAGGGCCGCGGAAGGCAGCAUAUCCGAGGAAUGGGCCGCGGAGGGUAACAUAUGUAUAUAUAUUCUACAAAUAAAAGAACAAUGCCAUGAAUAG